GCGCGUCCUCAUCAAUGUAGCGAUACGGCGGCAGUCUAGCGCGAGCUCUUGCUCAGGAGACGCCCGUAGGAACCUUGCUCGUUUUCAGCGAACAAGGCAAGAUGCCGGGUCACCGUCAGCCUAACUCCUUAGUGAUGCUUAGUUUGGGACGUGUGUGCGAGCAACUCGACGGGACGUGCCGACGUUUGCAGUCACUUUCGCAACGAUCCACUGCGGCGCGAGCACUAGCCUUUGCAAGACGGAUGAUCAGACCGUACUAUGUGAACGCGUUACCGACUCGUUUGCGCUCCCAAGUGAUCGAGGAAACCUCAAGGAUGCUGUGCUUGCCACUACCGGACGAGCCUCACGUUGUCUCCGAACCUGCGAUAUUAUUUCUAUUAUCUCUCCUUCUCGAUCGUGACAUAAAACGACUGAAGGUUCAACUCUGUUGCUAUUACGGAUGUAGCUACCAAACGUCGCUGCUGGAAUUACUCGCUUCGGAAGGAACUGGACUAGAGUCAUUACACUUGUUCCGUUACUCCUUACUCCGCAUGGACUGCAAUUUACUGCGCUCGACAUUAUCGAACAUGAAGAAUUUGACGAUUCUGACGCUCCGCAAUAUCGCCAAUGAUGCUAUGCUUCGAGUUAUCGGUAAAACCUGUCCAAAACUCAUAAUCCUGGACGUAGCUUGCUCGAGAGAAGUAACGGAUGCAGGACUGAAGCAAUUGCUCUUGCACGUAGAGUUCAAAGAUAAAGUGCUUUCCGUAUCGGCACGAGAGUGUACCAAUUGGUCGCGAAUGAAAAGACUACUAACUAGGUGGAAGAUGAGCAAUUCAAAAUGGGAGAAGAAAAAGAAGCAGAAUGUACUGUUAGAAUAUUACGAGAGUAAGAAUCCGCUGUGCGAUACGCUGAGAGUAUUGAAUAUUGCCGAUACUUGUGUCACCGAGGCUGGUGUGUCGCUCGCUCUGUUAAAUAUUACACAACUCGAGUCCUUAGCGGAAUAUAAGUACAUAGGUCAUGUAGUGGAGACCGUGGACAUAGGUCAAUCGCCGUGGAAUCUAACCGAGGCGAUCAGUUGCGAGACGACGCCGGUACAGCUGAAAUUUUUAGCGCAGAUGUGUCCAAACAUGAGAAGGCUUUCCAUCUCCGAACCUUGGCAUUAUCCGGAGGCAUUGCGUGUCUUUCCUCACCUGACUUCGUUGAGUAUGCAUAACAUACCGACGACGAAAGAAUGGUUAGAGAACUUGUACAGUUAUCUUCGAGCGCACGGGCAACAUUUACGCGAACUCGGUCUUUGGAUGACGGAACAGAGGAAUAUCCCUUUGCAGAUGGACUUGAAGGAAAUUCUGAGCAGUUGUCCUAAUCUACAUACACUCGUUAAUGACGGGGCCAAGGUCGUAUGGACAGAAGGAUGCGAUCCUCCUCUUCUUAGAUAUCUGAGAAAAAUCGAGCUUGGACAUACAGUGGAUGCGUUAACGAUUACAAAAGUAUUUUCUCUAGCCCCAGGACUAACGGCGUUGCAUGUUCACAGUUGUUUCGACCUGACGAACCAGCAUUUGGAAAAGCUGUCGGAACCGCCUGUCAAGUCCAACAAUGGCGAAAAAUCAAACGAAUGCGACAGCACUUUGUCCAAUUUGACGUGUUUCUACAUUCAUCAGGCGAGCAAAGUGUCAGCGAACACGGUGCUAAAUAUGAUCAACAGUUACAAACGAUUGAGACAGAUCGGCAAUUUGGCGAAUUGGGUUUCGGAUUAUGAAAGUGUUGUAAUAACUAUCGCGCGUGCAAACUUGAACGUGGACUUGUGUUCUGACCCACAUUGGAACUGGAAUAACUGUAUACAAUGAUAUCGCAUUAAGUCUGACUCUUCAUCGUCGGAAUAAUCGCGUCCUAAUACAUUUACAGAUUGUCACAUAAUUGAGAUUAGUCAGAUUUCUAGAAUUCAUUGUAAUCAAUUGUAAAUGAGCGCGACUUGUAAUAAUCAGUUUAAUGAAAGUUAAAGAAGCAUUGCUCUGUUAGAUCGAUCUUUUCUUCUUUUUUUUUUUCCAUGUAAAACAGGUUAACGAUUUAGACACUUGCAAUUUCUCAAGACUGUUAUUUAUGUUACCAUCAACAGAUGUAAUGAGUUUAAACUUGGCUAAGUAGUCUCGUACUACGUCGCAUAUGCAUCUUAUCGAGAUAAUUUUUUUAGACCAAUCAAUAGCAUAAUUCCUUCCAAUUUUGUGUAAUAAAUAAUUAAUGUCCUUGAAAAAAAAAAAAAAAAAA